CGGGUUUUUGUCAUUGUCUGGUGUCUGUGUUAUGUUGGGGUCUGUGAUCAGUCUCAAUCGUCGAGUCGUAGUCUGUUGGUGAAGUCUUGAUUUGUCAUCUUCAGUAGCCAGUGAGUCCAUGUGUUGAGGUAGGUUUGUUGUGUGCGAGCUGCUGUGUGUUUUAUUUCUUCUCGGGAUCGUAGUUCCUCCCUGUGGGAGAACCAGGUUCUCAGUGGUGGGGUAAUCGGUUGCUUCCAGUAUUGUGGUACGAUUGAUUUGGCUGUGUUCAGUAUGCGUAUUGUCAGGGAGUUUUUGUAUAUGGACCUGGGUAUCUUGGUAUGGUGUAGCAACAUUUCCGCAGGGGUCUACAGGGGGGUGGGUCAUCUGAGAAAAGUUGUAGUAUUGUGUUAAUCCCCUUCCAGAACGGGGUGAUCUUACGGCAUCCUCACCAUAUGUGCAAAAGUGUGCCAUUCUCCACUCUGCAUCUCCAGCACAGCGGAGAAUGGUCUGGUGUGAACGCGUGUAGUGUCGUAGGUGUGCGGUACUAGAGGGUCAAUAUUUUAUACGCUGUUUCCUGAGUCUUGCUGUAGCUGCAGCAGUGAUGUGUAAGAUAGCCCAGGGCCCCCUCCCACCUUCCCAUGAAGCUUGGUUGUGUGGUUGGUGUAAGUGUCAGGAGCAAAGUGUAUAGGAAGGAUACCCCGUUGGCCAAUGGUUGUGGGUCCAGACAUGCUUCCUUGUGGAGGCUCUUGUUAGUAUUGCGCCCUGUGGGAGGGUUGCGAUGUAGUGCCGUAUCUGCCUGUAUUUUAGUUGUCAGGAAGGUUAAAAACAUAUGUUACUUGGCAAAUCUCAUCCUAUUUAUCAGAAAGAUAGCUUUAGAGCAGCACAUCGUACCCCAGUCUGGGAACAUAAGCGUUGAUUUAUAAUCAUGUAUCAUAUGCAAGUCAGUCCACGAACAAUAGCAUACCCAUAUGGAGGAAUCAGUAAAUUUUGCAUCCUGGCACAAUAUCUAUCAUGGCAAUCCCUCAUGAUUACUCCUUUUAUGAAACUUUAUAAAACAGUCAUGCUUGAUCUGGCCACGAUAAUAUCACAUCAAAGAAAUAUUAGUUUUUUUUUCCUUUGGUAUCAUAACAAAAAAUAUCUAUAAUGAAGAAAUCACAAAUUUUACUUGAUGAUCGGCAGAUUAUAGUAAAUCUUGUUACAAAUACAGUUGUUAGGUAAAACCCAUCUUGCUUCAUUUGAUCGGCUAGUGACUUUUAUAUCAAAACUGAAGACCAUUAAAAACCAUUUCCAUUUUUGUAUGAUCAAAAAAAUAUAUUAUAUUUAUAUGGGUUGGAAUUAUAUGAAAAGCCUUUCUGGACAGAAAGAUAGAAGGUUGAGAAGAUGAAUGUAGCCCACGGAGCAGCGUAGCUAAGGGGUGUGGGCCUUGACAUUGCCAGGAGACAGGCAUCUAUGGGUCAGUGGUUAGGGAUUGGUUUAAGGAAAUGGAGUGGGGUGGAGUUAUAAGGGGAGUAUAAGUAGUGGCCAUUUUAGAUCUAGGGAUCACUUUAAUCUAAGUUGCACUUGCCUGUUGUGGCAGGAUUUGUGUGGCCCUUUUCUUUUGUCUCCUCUGCAGGUUGUCAGCAAGAUUGAAGAUUGGCUGGAAGGAGCCAAGGCAGCAGUGCAGGAGAGAGGUGUCGAGUGGCUGAGGGAUCGCCUUGGAGAUGCUUUGCCGUCCGGAUAAGGCAGCUCCCCGGGUCAGAGGCCGGUUAGGAGGACAAGGCCCCGCAGAGGUUGAGCCCCAGUGCGGUUCCUGGCAUCCAAGGAGCCCUUCAGGAGGUCCCGAUGGAGGUGGUGAGACUACCGGCGGGAAAGCCGCAAGUGGAGGAGGUCGCGGGAGGCGUCUCAGUGCAGCCGCACGAACAAGUCAUCAGGCGAGGCUGGAGUUGCAGGCUGCUGGUUCGGGAACCAAAUACGAAACUGCUGAACGUUCCGGGAGUGAACAUGGAGGUCGAACAGGCAAAAGGGCUGAAACUGCCGAAAGUUCAGGAGACGAACUGGGAGGUACUGACACUGCCGACCGACCGUUUCCCGAACGGGGAGGUAAGAAAACUGCCGAACGUUCUGGAUUUGAACAGAAAGGUAGCCACACUGCCGGCCGUUCGGCUGCUGAACGGGGAAGCAGAAAACUGCCGAACGUUCGGUUUUUCUGUCCUCUAUUGCAGGGAAUGAAGGAGAAGUGUCUGCUGGUGACAGGUGUCCAGGAAAGCAGCCAUUACAGGCAGGGUCCAGCGGAAAAAGGAGCGGUAUGACAGGCUUGGCAGCAGGUCCUGGGAACGCUGGAAGUGCUGUUGGUGGAGCAGGGACAGCUGCGGCCGAUCGCCCGGGUGAGUUGACCUCUGACGCCAUUGCCCCUCCAGUUGCUGGGCCACAGGUUACCCCGGUGGUGGGUCCCAGUGUUGGCAUAGUUGGUGACGGCAGGGGGCAGGCAGGGUACUGCUAGGGCACAGAGUGGACCAGAAGGGUAUAGUGAUACACAAUGCCCCAGAGUCUCCCCAGACAGCGUGCGGGAGCGCAGAACUUCACCGUGGUCUCCCAUAUGACCGGGGACGACAACGGGCGGGUCAGGUCGUCAGUGACGGUUCGGAAGGGAGGGACAGCACAGAGGGUAGGCACCCUCCAGGAGGAUAGCGCGCAGGGCUCAAGCAAAGGGGCAAGGAGGCACCGGCAGCUUAGCAGCCAUCGGAGGGUUACUGACGUAGAUGUCAGUGUUCAGGCAGGUCACACCCGGGGGUGGCACAGGGUACCCCCCGUCAGGACACGUGGCUGGAGGCAGCGGGAAGACCGUUCCAUGAGCGGGAGUUCCCCAGAGAGAGAGAGAGACACACAGAGCGCAGGCUCGCAGCCCUCAGGGACUGAUGGCUAGCAGGGAGAUGGGUUACAGUUCCCAGGAGGAGAGGGGACGGGGCAGGGUUUCCAUGGCCAGCCUACCCAGGAUGUCUUCUCCUUGCAGGUCAUGGAGACGGUCACCCUUGAUGAGGGAGAGAUCCCACGUGUUGAGGACAUCAGGACGGUCGCAAGCAGGCAAGGCGGACCCAGUUGUCGGACAGGCGUCUUCAAGGUCGCCCGCGGAUCAGGUGAGACCCAGCGCUGCGGGAAUACGGCCCAGGACAUCCAUAGUCGGUCGGCAACCCCACGGCCUUCGGUGGCAAGGGGCGUGGAAGGUGAGACAUUGUCUUUGCAGCAGUCAGGGGAGCUUUUGAUGGCAUUAAGCAGUUAAUUGAUCCGGGGCGCUUCAGUCACUUCUUGGCUGGUUAAACUUCGCCUGUCGGGUGAUUCCGGGCGGGAGGGUCUUUAACUGGUUCCUAGCGAAGUCUGUGGAAAUUCUUACGGGAUUUUAGUGUGAAGCUGUUCUUUCAGGAGCCGGCGGCGUCUUCCCCGGAUUUGGAGAGGUUUACGGAUGCGUCUGGGAGUAUUGGUUUCAGGGCUUAAUUCUCGGGUCAGUGGUGCGUGGAACUUGGCCAGCGGUGUGGAAGACCAGCCCGCCGAUCCGCAACUUGGCAUUCUUGGAGUUAUUCCUGUUAGUCGUAGCACUGUCCCUAUGGGGCCCACAGUUGAGGGAUAAGAAGGUUGUAUUCUUUUCGGACAAUAUGGCGAUGGUAGAUGCAGUAAACGGGCAUUCAGAGUCCUUUAUCCCGGUGGUGUGGCUUCUUCGCCGUUUUGUUUUGUUCUGUAUGCGUUUUAAUAUUGUGCCUGGACUGUUGAAUGUUAUUGCUGAUGCGUUAUCUUGUUCGCAGUGGGAGAGAUUCUGGCAGGUGGCGCUUGGCAUUCAGGCGGAAGGGAUGUCUUGAUGAGAUGUGGCGGACUGAUCAGGGACUCCUUGGACGGCGUAUGGUAUGGUAUGGUGUGGUCAACUCUCAAAGGAGGCCCUCAUAGACGCGAUGUUGUGGCUCUUGUGUAGGUAAUUCUCCUCAGGGGCCUCGGCAGCGGUAGUCGGACGUACGCUAGCAGCUUUAGCCUUUUUGUUCAAGUUUAAUGGAUGGGAGGAUGUCACAAAACAUUUUCUCGUUAGGCAGGUAUUGAAAGGUGUCAGUGGAUUCCAGGUGGCCGGUGUUGUUCGGGUUGCUUCAGCGGGUGGUCCGGGUGCUGACCGAUGUGUGUUUUUCAGGGUACGGAGUCACUGUUUUUAUUUUUUUCCUUUUUCGGGGCAAGCUGGGCAGCAGCAAUCGCCAGGGGGCUUCAGGCGGCGGAUGUGGAAGUGUGGAGUAACAGGGUAGUGAUCAACCUGAGGCGGUCCAAAACGGAUGUACUGGGAACAGGGACGUUGGUUACGUUGUCGGAGCUCCUGGGUGGGAAAAUGUGUCCGGUUAGGUGCGCAGCGGCCUUCCAGGAGGAGCAGGCGAAGUUCAUAUUUUAAGCAUGCGGACGGCUCUUCGCUAUCGAAGUUCCAGUUCCUCAGGGUGUAUCGGAAGGAGUUGGCUAGGUUGGGAGUGGACCCACGCCAAUUCGGGACUCAUUCCUUUAGGAUUGGCGCAGCUACUGUAGCGGCAAGACUGAGCUUGGGGGAUGAGCGGGUGAAGAAUAUUGACAGGUGGGAGUUGGUAUAAAUCCUAGGGGUGGUUAAUGGGGAAUUUUGGUUUCGCAGUUUUUUUUGUUUGUCUGUUUGCAUUAUGUCUUACAGGUCGGAUGGCAUGGGUGGUCGGCCACUCAUACAUAUACUGGGUGCAUCUGAAAGCUGCAGUUUGACAUCGUGGUCUACAGCUGGGCUUUCCACGUUCCGUGGUUCAGCUUCGGUUGUUUGGUUAGCGGGGUUGGAGUUGGAAUGCAAUUUGUGUUGAAAUGUUUAACAAAAUUAUUUUGGGACAGGUUCCGGACAUAGUGGUGCUUCACGCAGGGGGCAAUGAUGUCUGGUUGUUACCUCAAAAGGAAUUGAUUGAGUGUAUGAAUAGGGAUGUAGACAGGCUGAGAGUUAGUACUGGGGUUUAUGGUCAUAUGUUCGGAAAUGGUUACGAGGUUUUACUGGCGACAUGCGCGGAAUCCCUCCGCAGUGGCAAAAAUUAAGGAAAAAGUCAAUAAGGUGAUGGCAGCGGAUGUGAAGUGGUUGGGAGGGGUUGUAAUUCGGCCCAGGGAGUUGGAAGACAUGCUUCCAGGUUAUUAUAGGUGCGAUACGGUCCAUCUCUCCGAAGUGGGUCUGGAUUUUCUUGAGUCAGGCUCUGAGCUGUGGCGGGGGAUGGAGAGUAAAGUUGGGGGGAGAAAAGGGUGAGAUGGGGUAAAAUGUGGAGUUCAGGGCUAAUAGGCAGGCCUUUGGACUGGUUUGGUAGCUCCAAACCAAGGUGUGUAAGGGUUCUCGGUAUGCCCCUACACUUGUGGUGCCCUUUGGUGGCAAUGGUCAUGGUUAAAUGUUACAAUGUUUUGGGUAUUAUGUUAUGUGGGUCAUUGUCAGGGGGUUUAAAUUGUAAAAUGCAGGAUGGUAAUUGUGCAGGCCAACGUUGGCCUGCUGUUGACAAUGACUUUUAUAUUUUCUGUUAAGAAUCAAUAAAGCAGUGAUAUAACGUUUGCCAAAAAA